AUGUCUUUCGCUACUAUUGCCCCCUCCCCCAAAUCGUCCGCCUCCUCUCCAGGUAUGGCCAGUUCUAUAGAGCCUGUCAAACCAGCCUCCAAGUCCAAAAAGCCUCGCAAGUCCACAGGAAAGUCGUCGGCUAGCUCGUCAACACAGGGAAGCGCUGGUGUUAAGAAAUCAGAGAAGCUACACAAAAGAUCUCGCUCUGGAUGCUUCACAUGCCGCCUGCGACGCAAGAAGUGCGACGAAGGCCAUCCUGCCUGUCGUGCUUGCAAGAAUCUCAAGUUACGAUGUGAAUAUGAACGACCAAUGUGGUGGGGAAACAAUGAACAGAGAAAGUCGCAAAAGGAAUACAUCAAGGAUCUCAUCAAGAGCACCAAGAUGAACGAAAAGACGGUUUCGUGCCCCCGUCAAACAUGUUGCACAUACAGCCCUCCUGGUCUUUCUCAUUCAGCCCCAACCCCUGAGGCGUACCCAGAUACCACCUCGCAAACUCGAGACCCUUCUCUAGAGCCAACUUACUGUGCUGAGGGAGAGCCUAACCAUGUUCACAUCCAAGAAUUUUAUGACCCAUAUGCUCAAGAUCAAGCUUCUCAUCUAGACUCUAACGGAUUCUGGUCUGCUCCAACUCCGUACGAGGUAGACGUCAAAACUGAGAGCGAGCUAUUCAUAAAUGAUAUCCCAACUCGACGAGAUUCAUCAACGUCUACUUUCAAUACUUUCCAGCCACCUCUCGCUCAUGCUAUGCUACCUUCAUUUGUCGAAGAUGACUGGGCGCGAGACGAUGUGUUCGAGUCCAAGGCUCUUCCACAACACAACUGCUUUGAGUUUUCUCACCUUCCCAUGGGUGCGCCCUCAAUUCAGGUUGACGAUUCAGACCGCCACCUACUGGAUCACUUCUUUGAGAACGUAUCUAGCAAAAUAUUCCCCAUAUUGGAGACCAGGAAGCAAGGAGGCGUCUUUGCAGAUGUUAUUCUUCCUGCCAUCGAGUCAAACAGGUGCUAUCUGCACUGCUGCCUAAGCAUUGCCGCCGUUCAUCUAAAGUCAACACAGCAAAUCACCAGCGACUUCAUUGACAACGACAUCCUUAAGCACCGCUUCCAGGCAGUUUCUGAGCUUUGCUCCUCGUUGAACCAGGAUACCGACCAUCUCCAGAUUCUCGAGGCAACCCUCAGCAUGGCGUUCUUCCAAUGUGCUGUUGGUCGCGCAAAUGACUCUCUACCCGAUGUUCCGUGGCACCAACAUUUCCAAGCAGCAACGGGGUUAAUCCACAAGCUAGACCUUCCACAUCGCCUUCUAGAAUCUGACCACGGCGCUGUUCACCCGCCAUUCAGCAUGAGCUUAGCUGCCUGGAUUGAUAUCCUGGGGUCAACGAUGCUGGGACAGAUGCCACAGUUCGCACAUACCUACAGAACCAAGCUCUUUGGGGGAACAAGUGCCGGACUAUGUGAACUAAUGGGUUGCGAGGACCGAGUUAUGUACUUGAUCGCAGAAAUAUCCUGUCUUGAUGCACUUUGUAUCGAGGGUCGAACAGACCACGCAAGCCUCUGUGGCCAUGUCACAAACCUCGCUCAACAGCUUGACCACACUGAACCACCCGCGGGAUCUCUCGUGAAGCCAUUCUCCGAAAGUGGAGUUCUGCUGCCUCAGCAGCUUUCCAAAAACAUCACUGCUCUAUUCAGAGUGGCUGCCCGUGUCUACCUUUGCAGUCUUGUUCCCGGAUCCAAGCGUGACCAGCCAGGUACCGUUAGUCUGAUCUCCCAUGCUGCAGACCUGCUUGAUCUCAUUCCUAGUGGACCAGAAGGCUUUGAUUCCUCCAUUGUCUGGCCACUACUGAUCUGCGGCUCUCUUGCAACACCUGGGAGUACGUUCCGCGAGACGCUUAGCAAGCGAAUGGAGCAAAUGGGUCAGCAGGCAGAGCUAGGAAGUUUUGGCCGCAUGAUAUGUGUGCUUCGAGAAGUCUGGCGCCUUGCAGACGAGAAAGCCGUCAUAGAGGCUCAACAACCAGCAGCAUCUUCCCAACAGUCCAAUGGGGAGCCUCCGCUGAUAACUAACAACAUUGUACGCUGGCGAGAUGUCAUGCAACAAAACGGCUGGGAUUUCCUCCUCAUCUAA